AACAACUAAAGGGCAAAAGUUUGAAUGCAUUACCUGUAAAACCACGAUUACAAUGUGGGUUGCAAGGCGAUUUAUCUCUUUAAUCGCCCGGAGAGGAAUCUGCUCCAAAAACAAGGUUGCCGACAAAACAACGCAUACAAAGUUGAUACCAGGGCAGUAUGGCUUAUUCUACCAACCCCAGGGCUCACUCCCCAAACUAGAAUUCCGACAUCUCAACUGCACGUGUUGCUGGAGGAGUCGGAUCCCAGUCGCAGGCUUUGAAACCCUCAAUGACACCCUCUCUCCAUCUACUACUCCUUGCGAUGAUGACAAGUCGCUGGACGCAUACUACACCUCAGCGCAGCGAGAUGUCAUUCUGCAGCUCCUCAACAAUGCGGCAGAGUCGGAGCUCGCCUCUGUCAAGCUCCUUCGUGGACGCAAGUCUGUCAACAUUGUGGAAUACAGGACUAGAAAUGGACCUUUUAAAAAUCUCGAAAGCGUCAUAAAUGUGCCGCUACUGAAACACAAAAGUGCUGUCAUUGUCUUCAACUCCAUCCUCAACCCUCCGGAGAAGAAGGAGAAAAGAAAAGUAAAGAUCCAGCUAGCCAAGUUCAUCAGACCAGAGGUGGAAAGGACCUGGCUAGAGGAUGCGAAUUCCAUAGUGUCCAUUGUGUGUGGAGUGAAUAAAAUAGCCUGGGCGCACGUGGAUCGUGGCAUGAACGUGUUGGAGUGGAAACAUGAGGAUUGCCACAACUUUCUGAAGGGAACCUACAUGGCUUCUGACAUUUCCAGUGUGGUAUCCCACCUCCCCAGUGCUGACUUCUUCGUUGUGGAAAAGACGUCCAUCUCCCUUCAGAACACUGCCCUGUACCCAGUAAUGGCUCACAUGCGUACAGUGGAGGCUAUGCUGUUUGCCCUGCUGGAGCCCUGCUACACCCAGCCUGACAUCACUGCUCCACCCAAGGUGCUCAACAUGAUGCGCACCGCUGUCGGCCGCCAUUUUGGCCUCAUGGUGGGCGAGUCGCGCACCAGCGGGGCCCAGGCGGUGCAACGGAUGAUGACGGAGUCAGUGACUCAGAAGAUUCCGAGGGUGACAUUCCCUCACAACCUGUUGGUGAAAUACAGGAACCUCUUCCAGAUGGGCGGGCGGCGUCGGGGGGAGGAUCUGUGCGACGCCAUGUUGCAGGCUGUGGCGUUUUUACGAGCUGCUCGGUGAAUCGAGUUAAUGUUACAGCGGCAAUUUCCACGCUCCAUUUUCACCAGGGACUGAAACUGUAUGUGUGACCUGGUGGGGUCGAAGGUCACAAAGAGCUAACCUGAGAGAGAGACCUGCAUAUUGGAGGCUUGAUGGAAAUUGACACUAGCUUAUAUUUAAAUGUAUACUACAGCACUUCCCACCUGUAGACUCAGAUGGUACUGCACUUCAGGUGUCAGUUCAUGCCCCAGCAGCUGAACUCAAGCCUCUCCUCAGACACCACACGUCAUGUUCUUCACUUUCCCACGAAUAGAAAUGUUCUGUCAGGGCCAAUGGUAAAGCAGAACAGGCUUGAAUGUGUACAGUGAUACGAUUUGUCACAUGCGACCACCUGCAUCUGUACCUUUAUGGACAAAUGUUUAUAAUGCCUUCAAAGCCUGAAAUACCACUGAUUUUAAACACCAACUCACUGAACCAGAUUGUAACAAAUGCAUGUUAUUUUUAUGCAUAAAUAUAAAAAUAGGAUUUCAUAUUUUAUUUAUUAUACAUUUUGAAUGCAUACAGUAGACUCUUCUCACUCAAUGUAAUAAGCAUGAAUGAAUGUACAUCAAACUUUAUCAUGAACACCCAUAUGGGCUACAUUCACUAAAUCACAAGUCAUUAACAUAGGGAGAUAAUAGCAUUAACCCCACUGUAAUGCAGUGUAGAGCCAGAACUGACUUAAAUGGUCAUGGGAAAUCAUCUGCAAGGAGUCUCAGUGGCCUUAGGGAGGCCCAGGUGAAUACUGCUGAGGUAAUGCAGAAACCUAGGAGAAAGAGCAUUCAUACAACAAAUCGGUCUUUAAGUCAUCUGAGCAAUCUCUUUAAUUAUAACUUAUUUCUCUUAGUAGAAAUGAAUAAGGUGCUCUCGUGCAGUGUAUUGACUCACCUGCAUUGGCCCUGCUCCUGAGUUCUCUCUGAUAGGCACAGGGUGCGGAGAACAGGCAGGUAGACCACGGCAACAGCUUGCUUGUUUCCCAAGGUGCAGAAGGCUCGGCUUGAGAGGACGGUUCUGAUGACG